AAAUACAGAGUUAUAAGAGCAAUGUUAAUCAAUGUCUUUGUACUUUUUCUUCUCACUCAGUCUCUCGCAAUCACCACAGGAGUUCCAAUAAGGCCUACAAAUUGUACACUCUUUAGUAAAGUUAUUGGAGGCCAUGAAGCAAUAGGAUACAUAAUGGCUUUGGUAUAUAAUUAUCAAAUUGCACUUCAGAGUAAUUUGUCCUAUUAUACAGAAACAGCUGUCGCGAGCAAUCUUUUUCAAGGGCUGCAGUUAGCUGGAGUGUCGGGGAUCUAUAGCCCAUUAAUGCUCAGGGUUUCUAGGGAUCCAGCCCUUCAAAAUUAUCGUGGUUUCAAUGGCACAGAUUUGACAGGGUUUUUCUCAAAAAUGCACUCAAAUUUACUGAGAGAUACAUGCAACUGGUUACUCUCAUAUCCAAAUCAAGCCCUGACUCUUAGGACUAACAUUAAUUGUUCACAUCCACUAGAGCAACUGUUACUGAGUCAAUUCACUUACUUAGUGACAAAGAUGCAUCACGUUGAAUUUGGUGGUUUUCAAGAGCAAUUUGGCUGCCAACACAAUCGCCAGUUUCAUCUUGCCUGGCUGGAUAGCUUCAAGAAUCAAAAUGACUAUGGAACAGAAAUGAAUUAUCUUGAAGGACUGAUCUAUAGUAGAAAAUGACCAUUUACCAUUAUUGUUAUUAUACAACUGUUACUGUUAUUAUACAAAUCACUUUAAAUGG